GUUGACUCAAAUUUUAUAAUGCUUUUUUCCGGGAUCUUGAGCCCAGACGCUUCAAGCUGAAGCUAUAUUGAACGCGAUGUCUACAGUCCGCGCUAUGCGCCCAAAUGAUCUUUUCAAAAUCUCCUCCACCAACCUCGAUCCCCUCACAGAGACCUACCACAUUGGCUUCUACCUCGAAUACCUGACAAAAUGGCCGGAUCUUUGUCGCGUUAUUGAGGGUAUGGAUGGGAAUAUCGAAGGCUACAUCCUCGGCAAGCUCGAAUCCUCACCCUACCCAUCCCCUGUCACUCCAUUCCAUCCCUCUACAAACCCUGACCCGAACUACCUCCCCUGGCACGGCCACAUCACGGCUCUCACCAUCGCGCCGUCAGCACGACGUCUGGGCCAUGCAACGCGCCUCACCGAAGCACUCGAGCAACAAUCCGAUGCCGCAAAUGCCUGGUUCGUAGACCUAUUCGUGCGGGCUAGCAACGAGAUUGCGCAGGAGUUGUAUCGGAAGAUGGGGUACUCUGUGUAUCGGCGCGUGGUAGAUUACUAUAAUGAUGGCGAGGAUGCGUUUGAUAUGCGGAAGAGUUUAAGUAGGGACAAGAACCGCGAGUGUGUGCGGGAGAAGGGGGAGGAGGUUAGAGUUAAGCCGGACCAUGUCUGGUGAGGCAUGCGAAAGGCGUAUAUACCCAUAUUUGAGAUGACAAAGCAGGCUAACUAGGGAGGAUCGGGUGUGGUGAGGAGAGGCUGUCCUGGCAUGAAAGCAAGGGUUGAGAGCGUGUAUUGAGGAACCCAACAGUUGUCGCCGACGAGGGUAUAGCACC